AUGCACGCGAAGUCGGACUCGGAGGUAACGAGCCUGGCGGCAUCCUCGCCGCCGCGGUCGCCGCGCCGGCCGCUUUACUACGUGAUGAGCCCGUCGCAGCACGAGGCAGAGAAGAUGUCGAUAUCUUCCAGCCCCCCCGCGUCGCCGUAUCACCAACACCACCACCCGCACCACCACCGGUACGCUAGCUCCCCAAUCCACCACUCCAGAGAGUCCUCUACCACGCGCUUCUCCGCCUCGCUCUGGAACGGCGGCCCUUGGAGGAAGCUCUCCUACGCGCGCGACGGCUGCGAGGAGGAGGAAGACGACAGCGAUGAGGAGGACAACGCGUGGAGGCGGUCGGGCAUCCCGCCGAAAUGCUACGCCGUGCUCUUCGUCCUGGGCUUCGUGGCCCUUUUCUCCUUCUUCUCCAUCGUCCUCUGGGGCGCAAGCAGGGCCUACAAGCCGAACAUUUCUGUCAAGGUCACAUAUUCCCUUCGUCUCCCUCCCUUCCCACUGACUCGUCUCAGCCGUCCCCCCAAGCCGAGCGGACCUGGUUGACAAGACCGACGAAUCCUAUCCCUAUCUCAACUGAAGAAAUGAUUUUUUGUCUCUCCUUCCAUGGCAGAGCAUCGCGUUCCAGAGCUUCAACCUCCACCCGGGGAUGGACUGGUCGGGGGUCCCGACCAAGAUGCUGACGAUGAACUCGACGGUGAAGAUCUCCUUCCGGAACCCGGCUACCUUCUUCGGCGUGCACGUUUCCUCCACCCCUCUCGAGCUCUACUUCUGCGACCUGGUCGUCGCCGCCGGCCGCGUAAGCUCCCCUUCUAUCUCCCUCUCCUCUCCCUCUCCCUUCCUCCUUCCCUCCCGUUCUGCAGGUCACGAGUGUUUGUCUGCUUGUUCCACUGACGAGUAGAUGAAGGAGUUCUACCAGCCGAGGAAGAGCCAGAGAAUGGUGACGGUGAGGGUGGCGGCGGAGCAGGUCCCGGUCUACGGCGGAGGGUCGACCUUCACCAGCCUCGGCGACGGGGAGGCCCCAGCGAACAUCCCCCUCAACCUGACCUUCGUGAUGCGGGCUAGGGCGCGCGUCCUCGGCAAGCUGGUCCGGUCCAAGUUCUACCGUCGGAUACGCUGCUCCCUGCACUUCACCGAGCCGCACCUCCGCAAGCCGUUGGAUCUCUCCCGCGUCUGCCGCUACCGUAGCUAG